AUGGUAUGGAAUGAGUCUCAAUGGAUCGAAUUUAAAGAAAAAUAUCCGUGGAUUGUUAGUGCAGAUGGAAAAUUAGGAUAUAUUGUCAAGGAAUCUAGUAAAAAACUAGAUCCUUCAACCGUUGGAAGUAGCCUGAAUGAAACAUUGAAAACAACUGCAGAGCUUCAAGGUGAUAGUUCAUGUUUAAGAGAACACCUGGACCUGAGUACAGUGGUGGAAGAAAUGUUGCCACGUACAGUGGAUGAUGAUCUCUUCAAAAAACCAACACAACAUGGAAUGGAAACAUUUUUAAAAAGUCAUCCACUGUUACCAAAAAUGAAUUUGUCAACUCCAUUUAAUUUUCAAAAAACUUUUUUUAGAAGUGAUGGAGUACAGCGCAUGUGGUUGACUUAUAAUAGUAAUUCUAAACAGUUAUUCUGUUUCUUGUGUCUAACAUUUUCCAAUGAAAGUAACUCAUUUACAACAGGUAUGAGUUCUUGGAAGUAUGUUUAUCAACGUAUCAAUGAACAUGAAGGAAGCAAAAUUCACAACCACUGUGUUGAAUCAUAUCUUUUAUUUACUCAAAAACGUGACAUUAACACUUUAUUAUUUUCUGUGCAAAAAGACAAAAGAAAGGAAGAAGUUAAAAAGAAUAGAGAGGUUUUUAAAAGGAUAAUAGAUAGUGUAAUAUUUAUUGGCAAACGUGGAUUAAGCUAUAGAGGUAAUAAGUUUGAGGCAGCUUAUUCUUUAAAUAAUUUGCAUGAUCAUGGAAACUUUUUGGAGUUAUUGUUAUUCUUAAGUAAUUAUGACUCAGUCAUUAAAGAUCAUUUAGAUACAGUUACUCAAAAAAGUAUAAAAGCGAAUAAAGCUGGUAGUAAAGGAAGAGGAAAUUCUCUUACAUUUAUUUCAAAAACUACAGUAGAUUAUGUAAUUUCAGCAAUAUCUUCGUUAAUCAAAAAAUCAAUCAGCGAAGAUGUGAACAAAGCUCAAAUGUAUUCAGUUAUGCUAGAUACUACACAAGACAUCGCUGCUAAAGAUCAAUGUGCAAUUGUUAUCAGAUAUGUUGGCAACAAUAGUGUGCAUGAAAGGUUAAUUUCAUUGAUAAAUUGUACAGAUACAACAGGUCAAGGUAUGUGUCAAUUACUUAAGGAUGUUUUAAAAUCAAAUGAUAUUAAUGUAAAAAAUUGUGUGGCAAAUGCCACAGAUGGUGCAGCAAAUAUGCAGGGUGAAUAUAACGGUUUUAAUGCAUGGUUAAAUGAAACAGCACCUAACCAAGUACAUGUGUGGUGUUACAGUCAUGUUCUCAACUUAGUAAUGUCUGACGCAUCAAAAUCACCUUUACCCGCAGCAGCAUUAUUUACCUUAUUGAAUAGCUUGGCCAUUUUUUUUAAAGAAUCAUAUAAACGCAUGGAAUAUUUUACUAAAAGAUGUACAAGCAAUCGUCGUUUGCAAUCAAUUGGUGAAACUCGUUGGUGGGGAAAAGAAAUUGCUCUUAAUAGAAUAUUUGGAAAGAUUAAUGAUCCGUCUAAAGGCAUGUACAUAGAAGUAAUAUUGGCAUUGAGUGAUGUAAUUAAUAGUGAUAAUUUCAAACCGGACAUUAAAGUUAAAGCUGAUCAUAUGAGAACGUCCCUUCUGAAAUAUUCUACUAUACUUACAGCAUUUAUUUAUAUUAGAAUUUUUAGUAUAACUGGUCCACUUUCUAAAUAUCUACAGACUAAAGAAAUGGAUCUUUUAAAAUCUCAAGAAUUAGUUGACACAGCUUUAGAAAAACUUAUUGAAAUUCAAAGAGAUAUGGAUGGAGUAAAAUUGAGUGGGGAUGUUUUUGUUCAACAGAUUAAAUCUGAAUUGAACAAAUUUAAUUUGGAUAUAGUUGUUGAAGAACAUUUCCCCAGAAUUAGAAGCCGGAAACGCAAAAUAUUGCCAGGAGAGAUGGUGGAAGAUUAUAUAAUUAAUAAUCAACUUCAAAAAUUUACCGUUGAUGUACAUAAUAAAAUUCUAGAUACUAUUGUAGAAAGUAUGAGAAGAAGGUUUCUAAAACAUCGAGACUUAUAUACUGAUUUAUCAUGCCUUUCACCUACAAACUUUAAAGAAAUAACUGAACAAGGACUAUCUAAUAUUGCAUUAACCACUUUAAAGAAUUGGAACAAAUUAAAAAAAAGUAUCCCUGAAACCUAUGCAACUAUUUAUAUGAAAAAUAAUAAUGAAGAAGAAGAUGAAGAAGUAUUAGUAGACACACAAACAAAUGACAAUGAUUCAACAACACUUUUCACAUGCGAAAGAUCAUUUUCACAACUAAAAAAUAUUAAAACAAGACUCCGUAGUCAGUUAACUGAUUCAAAGCUUGAAGCUUUUAUGAUGAUGGGUGUAGAAAAAGAAAAAUUGGCUUCUCUAGACCACGAUGAAAUCAUUAAAGUAGUCUCUCAACAAAGUGAUUUGCUGUAUAAAAGUCUAAUGUUUUAA